GCCAGCGCAGUGGUUUCCUCGUUUGACAGCAGGGGCUUGUUUUACAGCACAAAACAACAAGGAUGAAGAUUUCAUGGGACGAUGCGGCAACAGACAUGAUCGAGGAGACGUUAAGUUGAAAGGCCAUCAGCUUUAUCUCUAUCUCCGGCUGUGCGCUACGAAACAAACGCCAGGCAACUUGAAUAUCGACUGAACUGCAGAUGAAUGUCUGUGCCUUAACUGCCCCUGCAUUUGUUGUUGUUAGCCGCUAAUGCUAACCAUAGAAGUUCCGAGCUAGCUGGCCUAGCGUGCUAAUGGUUAAAGCAAGGAAACGAUAAUUAGCCGCAUAUGUUUGAUUUACUUAACGCUGUCCCGGCGAGUAUGCUCGGCGUUUGGUAGCCGAUGGAGCCAGCCAACCUCGGCUUCAGUAGUUCAAGAACUGCAGCUUUGGCUGAGCUUUUAAAGUACCAACCGUAGUAGUUACCUAGUUAGCUUACCAGUUAGCCACCACUACCCCUGGAAGAAUGAGUAGAAAACACCAUCAUUUUAAAGGAGCCGAAGUCAGCUGCUGUGUGAAAUACUUCCUUUUUGGAUUCAACAUUUUAUUCUGGUUACUAGGAGCCGCAUUCUUGGGCAUAGGCCUGUGGGCAUGGGCGGAGAAGGGCGUGCUGUCCAAUCUGUCAUCCAUUACAGACCUAGGGGGCUUCGACCCUGUGUGGCUCUUCAUCGUCGUAGGAGGGGUCAUGUUCAUCCUGGGCUUUGCCGGCUGCAUUGGAGCGCUCAGAGAGAACACCUCCCUGCUUAAAUUUUUUUCUGUGUUCCUGGGUUUGAUCUUCUUCUUGGAGCUGACUGCGGGGAUCCUCGCCUUUGUCUUUAAAGACUGGAUCAAAGACCAGCUCAACUUUUUCAUCAACAAUAAUGUCAAGGCCUACCGUGAUGACAUCGACUUGCAGAAUCUCAUUGACUUUGCCCAGGAAUAUUGGUCAUGCUGUGGAGCUCACGGGCCCGACGACUGGAACCUGAACAUCUACUUCAACUGCACUGAGCUGAACCCCAGUAGGGAGCGCUGUGGAGUCCCCUUCUCCUGCUGUGUCAAAGACCCUGCAGAGGAUGUCAUUAACACGCAGUGUGGUUAUGAUGUUCGGCUUCAAGGGGACCUGGACCGGCAGAAAUAUAUUUACACUAAGGGCUGCGUGGGACAGUUUGAGAAGUGGCUUCAGGACAACCUGAUUAUUGUAGCUGGAAUCUUUGUUGGUAUUGCACUUUUACAGAUUUUUGGUAUCUGCCUCGCUCAAAACCUCGUGAGCGACGUCAAAGCUGUCAAAGCCAACUGGUGACAGGAGAGGUGAUGUGAGGGAGCCCUGCCCCGCCCCUCAAGCCCAGCCAGGUCAACGCAGCACACAAAGAGUCCCGUCCAGCUAAAGAUGGAGAGCCGAGAAACCUUCUGUCUACUUUGCCAUUGAGCUAAGCAGCACAUACGCACUCUCACACUUGCAUACGUGCAGACACAAAGAGUUUACUUCCCUGUUUGUAUGUGACACUUGAAUGGGGAGACGAAUAUCCCACACAAACCAAACAGUCAAAACUUUGUUUACCACUCAUCUGGGAUUUUAACCCAAAUAUACAGAGGACGGUCCUGCCUACUACAUAGUUAGAUUUUUUUUCCUGUUUCCUCUGAUUCUGUUCUGUGGACGUGUAUUUCUGGGGCGCGGUUGCACAAGGACUCCUGACAGCUGGGAGAUUGGAAGCCAUGGAUGAAGCAUAAAAACAAAAACAAUAGCAAAGGGACAAUAAAGUCUCUUUUUUUAGGUCAAGCGUCACAUUGUCACAGAGCCUCUGCCCACUCAGUGAGGGGCUGAACAUCUUCUACAAAACAGCCUGUUUUUAACGUGCUUGUCCCCACUUCCUGCUGUAGGGAAUUGUGGGCGGCUGGCCGGGCCGGCCAACAAACACAUGGAUUCCCUCUGCGUGUCAUUUCUUCUCUCUCCAUCGUGACCUUUUAUGACCACUGAAAAGACUUUGAACACUGGCUGGUCAAGUCUGCAACUUCAUAUUAAUUCAGGAGAUUUAAAUUCUUACUCAAAAUGUAAAAAAAAAAAAAAAAAGUGCCAUUAACUUCCGGUGAUAUUUUUGUCUCCUUCCUGUUCUCUACAUGGAAUUUCUGCACCCCGCCCCACAGUACCUCAGGGCAUGGCCGAAAAUGUACGAGUUCUGCCACCGGUUAAAAGCAUAUCUAUUUUUUUUCCAUCCAUGUCUGUUGAAUUUAAGUAGACUAACUUAAUGCAGAAAACACUGACAGUUCCUCGAAAGUCGCCCUGUUAGCCCUGCAGUGAUUGUAUUAUCCAUAGAUUUACUGAAGGAUGUUGUAUUGUAUUAUAUGGAAUGACCUGGUGUGGUUAGGAUCGUAGUUCUAUGCUAUACAGGGACAAAGGGUUUAUGAUAGCUGAGAUUGUUGUUUAUUUCUGAGCAUCCCUCAGGCACAUGGGAUUGCUGGUUUGGGGCCUUUUUUACUUGACUUAUGUUACCACAUUUGUCUUACAUUUUGUCCUUUUACAUAUUGAAAAUGAGAAUAUUUGUCUGUUUAAAGAUGUCCUCUAUUCAUCCUUUAUUUCCUGUCCUUUCAUAGACACAGAUUUUUAAUCUGGGUUCAUUGUUUGACUUCACCAGGCACCUGUUUUACCUCCGACCCAUCAGUCAGCUGAGAAAUAGCAAUUUAUUGUUGAUGUUGUUAGCAGUCCAAAUGGAGACCAAAUAAUAGCAGCUGGCCACAAGCUAACUGCCAAGGUUUUGUCUGGCUAUAAUUGUGAUUUUAUUAGGAAUGCCAAGAAUAACAAAAAGCAUUUCUACAUAGCCAAAAUGUGAAUUUAUUGUCCCUUUUAUGUGGGAAAGUGCCAGUUGUAAUGAGAAGUCAAACAAAAAUUAAAAACAAUGUUACAGUAUCACUUUUAUCUUUAAUUCAAUGUUGUGUCUUUUGUUUGGACUGGUUUUUAAAUAGAAUAGUAAAAACAUGCUGUUACCUUUUUGAUAUUAGCAACAGCCUCAAUAUAACAUGAAUGCUGCUUUAACGUUGUCUAGAUUUAUUGAUAUGUAGUACAAUAACCAAGCUAACAACACAUGAAAGCAUUUGGACUAUUUGCCAUGUUGUUUUUGUUUCCAGGCUUCUGAUGAUUUGUUCUUUUCUCAAGUUUACAAUUUGUACUCAGUUUAUUUUGCUCAUUAUAAAAAGAAAGAGACUCUUGGAUCACAGCAUUAAGUCAUCCUCACCGCAUUUCAUCUUCGUCCAUCAUCCUGACAGAAUGUAGUUUCUGAUAUGACUGGGUUCACUUGAUAUUUUUCUGUCUGCAUUUAACCACUACAGUUGUUUCUGGUUGUAGCAGUAUCACUCAGAUACACAGCGCAGGCCUGAAUGUGGGUGGGGCUUACUGGACAACACGCAGGCUCAUAUCCAGACACACUCGGCCAACAUGUUUUGAAUUGCAGUGCACAUAAGUUGAAAGAUGAGUAGCAUUAAUAUUCUGUGAACAGUACAGCAAACCUUUUCCUGCUUCCCCGAGUCUGUCUGUAGAAUACAUACAUAUAUAUAUAUAUAUAUAUAUAUAUAUACACACAUAUAUAUGUUGAGUAACAGGACGUUAUGAUGCCGUGCUGUGCUCGACAUGUCGCAUGUCGCGUUCGCCCACACGCUCCCUCUUCAGAACCCUACCUGAUCCGACUGCACCUGCUUCAGAGCCUGUCAUUUUGAUGUAUUUUUACACGCAGGGCUCGUUUGGCAAAAAAAAGAAGAGCAACGCAAGACAAAACAACAAUCAUUUGGAUUUCGGUGUCAUGAAUGCAGGAGUAGAAUAGAUCCAGAAGAGCACGAUGCAUCUGUACUGGAGUGACUGAAGUGAGUCUUAAUGACUUCUCUCAGUUGAAAUAUAUGAGUUUCCAUAGGAGACGCUCAUUCAUCUGAGCGCUUAAGGUGUAAUCAGUUGAGUAAGAGCCUCAAGCAAUCUGAGAGAACAGACUUUUUUCCUCCUCCUUCAGAUCAAAUAUAGAAACAUUUACAUGAUAAAACACAACUUGCAGCUCUUGUAAAUUCUCACCCAAAGUUGCCACGUUUGCCUGAUGUGACAUGAUUUCUCUCUGUUCUUCUAAAUAUGUGUGUGGCCUCUUUGAUUUCACUAACUGUUGUGAAUCAAUCUGUCCCACUCGGGUCUAGAAGAUCAGGAUGAAACCAGUGUUUAUUUUCCCUCACUACCUUUCUAGUUUAAUCUUUUGAAAAGUGGGUUGAAGCAGAUAAUGUGUGAUUAAUUAGUUCAACAAAUCUUUGAAGUGUUUUCAUUUUUUUUUCUAAAAUCACCCUUAAUUAGAAGUGUUUUCUCAGGGUCUUAGAUGCCCCUUCUCCUCAUAAAAAAAAAAUCCCUUUGCUUAUGCAUGUGAGAAGAUUCUGUUGUACAUGAUAAAAUGGUGGGCUGCUGCGUUUUGAGUGAUGCUGAGGAUCUGGCUGAAGGCAGAUGGAGGCCACGGGUGUCAGUUCUGCUGCAGUACAGAGCUGCAGCUCUUAAACAAAAAGCACUCCUGCUCUCUCUCUCUCGCUCUGCAGCCACCGCCGUGUCUGGAUGGAUAUGCCAAUAAUCAGACAGUCACCUUGGUAAUAAGGACAAUAAUGCCACAAUAAUGGGUUGUAGCAGUGUGGCUUUAAUAUGCAGACACUACAGAGGUGACUUUCUGGAGUAUGUUUGUUUUAACAGCUUUGUGUAAUUCUGUUUUUUUGUAUUCCUUUAAUGUAGGGGAAAAGGGGGAGGGAGAAAACAAUGCUAAUUAUGCUUUGUCCUUUAUCAUAAUGGCCUUGCAUUAUGAAACACCCUCUUAAUUUCUCUGCUUUCCCUGUGGGCAGUUAAAUCAUUCCCGAGGAGGAGCCUUAAGCAUACCAUGAAUGUACAAGUCUGUAUCAGCAUGGACCUACUGCUCCACGCUCAGUCAGAAAUUCUCGUUACCCUUAUGCAUCGCAAUGCACAAGACAAGUGAAGCUUAGGAAUGUGAAAUAAAGGGUUAUGUUUUUAGAUGUUAUUCUAGUUUUUACAUUUUUCAAUUUGUUUUUGCGAGCGUGAAAGCAGAUGAGCAUUCCAUUUCUUCUGUUUCCAGGCGUGUGUGCAGACCUUAUAUGCAAUCAAAAACAAUUUAAAUCAUCAGAAACAAGCGGUUAAGCAAUGUCUCGGUUCUCAAUCUCUCCCCAGUAGCUGUAAACAAUGUGGAUGAUUUCUGUGUAUCAUUGAAAUCAUCACAAGUAUCCAGGUUUCGUUCAUUUUUUAUUGGUAUGAAACUUCAUUUGCUGCAUAUGCAUUUAUGAAUAAUUUGACUUAACUUUUUAAAGAGAUCCUUUAUGCAUAUAAAUACAAAGUGAGUGUCACUGUCAGUCAGAUAAUCUAUGCUUUCAAAGCUUUGAAGUCUGCUCAUGUCCUGAGGCAUUUUCUGUUGAUAUUUCUCACAAAAGUGAGCAGCACACCAGAUGUUCACAAGUCUUACCUCAUCGUGUGCUAAUGCCAGUCCCAUCAGAGCACACCGAAAAAUAAUUGACAUGUUUGUGAGCUUAUUAACAGGAAUAUCACAGUUGUUAGACAUUUCCAUACCUGGUUAUCAGGACGUCUGAUCAAGACACAAGCGUGACCCGGCCGGAACGAAAAAGCAUUUUAAGUUGCAGAUGGGUUUUACAGUUGAGCAAGACGGAUACGGUUGUUAGUAAAUCUUUUAGUCACACAGAAACCACUAUGAAUAUCUCUUUGUUCAGCUCAGUAACAAGAAUAUUUUUCACCGACAGUCUUUAGUUGUGUCCGGACCGCAGCACAAUACACCAAACAAAAUGUUACCCGUCCAUUCUCUCAGUUUAGACCUGUCUACUCUGGUGGGGAGCCUUGUAAAGAAAUGUAUAUGAAAACUGUGGGACAUGGUCUGUUACACUGUAUAUUGUGUUAAAAUAUGCCUCUUUCAUAUAUUAAAGGAUUUAUGAUAACA